AUGACUCAAGAAUUGUUCACCCAGUUCACGGCCGCAGCGCGCUACAUCUGGGGUGGAUCCAUGAUCCACAACAUCCACUAUGAAGUAUCGGAAAACACCUCCGAUGUGGUUUACAAGAUCAUAGACUCUCUCUGUUCCUGGCUACUGAGGAAGAGACAAAUUAAGUUGAACGGUCAAAAAGACAAGAGGAUAAGCUCGACCACGUGCGGCGGGCCUACACGACGGACCUACCACCGUCGCCGUCGUGGCCUGAACCAUCGACCUCUUCUCUUGUCGCUUUCUCACAUCGGGGUCCAACUCUAUUUAUUUUUAUUUAUUUUUUAAGUUCCAACUCUAUUUAUUGAUGUUCACACAAAGUUGUCUAUUUACAUUAGCCAAUUAAGCUAAACAUUCUUACGUAAGUGUAUUCCACUUCUUUUUUCAAUUUUAGAUUUGUUUCAAGAAUUCAAUAUCUUGUAUAUAAUUUCAGAACUGAACUACUUAAAGGCUUAAAGCUACGUAUAUAUGAUAUAUCGUUCGUGGCGGUCAAAACAACAAGUGAAAUAGAUCUACCAUCUCGUUAGGUUGGUAUCAUUGUGACAAUAUUGUCAAAAGGAGCCUGUAUAUCUUUGUUUCACAUGGUGUAUUUAAAGUUUAAACUAUGAGUUCAUUGUUCCGAAUAGUGAACAAAUAAUUCCAAUGGUGUAUCCAACUGUAAUAUCACAACUCCAACCAGCUGAAGUAUUUUGGGGUCUGUAUGAACAUGCUUUUCUAUUCGACAUUAUUGGUCCACAUAAUAUUGUAUCUACGUACUUCAAUACUUGUGGACUUAUCUUCAGGUGUGUCUUUCAAAACCGUACAUUGAUAACAUAUGGCUUUUUCUUGGAAAUGCUCAUAAUUCUUCAUGGCUCAUGCUUAGGUCACAUUGCUAUUCUUUAUAUUACGUCAAUUAGAAGUUUAUACGAAGGUGUUUGAAUGGCCUAUUAGCUCAGUUGGUUAGAACGUCGUGCUAAUAACUCGGGUUGCAGGUUUGAAACCUGCAUAGGCCAAUUAUUUUGAAUUUUCUAUUGGGCCUCAAUAUAUCGACGAGCCCAUAUCAUGCCCCACCGUUAUUUUUCAAGGAAAACACAUCACUAUACAUUUGGCAUACAAAUUUGUUCAUUCAGGGCCAUAAAACUCCAUACCAUUGGGCCCAUUCUUUAAACUUGUAAUUCAUAUAGAUGUCAUGAUGUGAUGAUACAUGAAAAAUUUACUUAGUUGAGAGAGAAGUCGCAAUUACGAAACCAUAUUAUAAGUUUAUAACAGAAUAAAAAUCUGAAAAGGAAAAGAGAAUCAUAGUAUAAUCAAAAUAAUGUGGAAUUCUUGUAUUCAUGCAAAUAAAGCCUUUAAUUUUGUUAUAUAUUAGGAGUUAGGACUGAGGGAAAACAGAAACUAACAAAAGAAACCUAUAGAUGCACAAGUGACAAGAUCAUGACGUGAUGUGUUUUGUGGUAUCAACUGUAUAUCUGUAGUAAUAAUAAAUAACGUAAGAAGAAGAGAGGAUCUGUAACGGUGAAAGAGACAACAUUGCAAAGAUCCCGAAACUAAAACUCACAAGAGUUUCUAUAAAUAGAACAAAGAUCUAAGUCUUCACUUCCCACGAAAAAGAUUCGAUCUACCCCUCUCCAUAUCACUUGUUAUACUAGGUACUCUCUACCUCAAUCUGAUCUAGGAAAUGUAACAUUUAUUAUAUAUCCUUACAUAUAUGAAGUGAAAGCUGAGUAUUCAGUCGUUGCUAGCAAAUAAAUAUUAAUGUAGAGAGGAAUUUUUUCUAUGCACAUUUAAAUUUUGAUUGCGACAUUAUUUUUAUGGUCAUCAGAAAUUUAGCAAGGGAUAUGCAAAGAGAAUUUUCUGUCAUUAUAGAUUAUUAUGGAUAAGUACAUGUAUAAACGAAACCUCUUAUUUAGUAGUAAUAAUAGAAAAGCAUUAAUUGACAAUUAGAAAACUAUAAUGUUAAGUUGCAUAUAGUACACAUCAAGAUCAUAAUAUAAUAAAAUCUUCUUGAUUCCACUCCACUGAUACAAACCCAAACUCUUUACAUAACCUAAAUUAAUCAAGACCAGAAAAUGUCUUAAUUAUAGUACAAUAUGUAAACCAAACCCUAAAUAAAGUGUCCUUCAUAAAUUAAAAACAUAGAAGAAGAAACCCAAACCACAUUAAAAAUAUUAAAAAGCCUCAAAAACAUUAAGACCACCAACCCAUGAUCCCAUUUUGCAAGUCCAAU